AUGAGCGGGGGGGUGGUGAUGGUGGAGGAGGAGGGGGGGGGGGGUACACAGAGCUGAGACAGUACAGUGGGUGAGGAGGUGGCAUGCAGGACAAAGAGAGAGUAUCACAGAGAGAGAAGGAGAAGCAUGACCAUGCUCCUGUCCUUGUUUGUAAAGUGAUGAAUGAGAGGAGUGCACAGCGCUGGGGGCACUGUGCUAUUUGAGAGUUUUCCUUGAACAAUAUGUGUAUCGAGUGUAGACGUAUGUUAGGUCCUUUAAGAGAAGGAGAAAAAAAAAAGCUGGAAUCUACUGUACGAACGCAGAAACUGAACUGCAGUUUUGUCUUUAAAGGAAAAUACAGAGCUGAUAAUGAUCAUAACAGAAAUAUAUAAAAUAAACUUAACACAAAAAAAUACAACUAAUAUAUGUGAUACAAAAAAGUGGACUGAAGAUCAGGACGUACAACUCGAUCAAAUCCUUGACUCAGUAUUUCAAUCGUAGAAAGAUUUCUUUAAGCUUCAGCUGGAUGUGAAAUGUAUCAGAUGACUUUUUAAUCAGCUGGCACCAUGUAGAUAAAACCGCCUGAUUAAACUAUAUGAGACACAACUUGAUCAAAUUCCCUAAUGACACAUCUUCGAAUACUCAACAGGCACCAAAGUUCAUGUUUAUGACAGCUUUCCCACAUGCUUUUAUUUUUUCUAACAGCUCUACAGUCUUAACUUUUAUUUUUAGGUUUAAUGUCAAACGAUGAAUCGGUUCAGAGUAACAAUGUUGAAGGGAUAAAUUUUAAUGAUUACGCCGAAGCCCUGAGCCAGACCACCUCUGCCUGUGCCAAAGUGUUUGUGGUUCAAACACAGAGCACCACGGAGACAACUGAUAGAGUCAGCAUGUUGAGCUGUUGCAGCGUCGAGAGUGGGAGAGAGAGCGAGAGGGAGAACCAGGGGAGCCACAAACACGACCGGGGCCACGAGUUCCGCCAGCUGCACCCUGUCUUUGAGGAGGGGAUGGAGAGCUUCUCAUUGAGGCUGGCAAACGCUGGCUCAUAAACUUUCCCCUGUCUCUCCCUUUGAUUUUCCUUGGACAUCUGCCUGGCCCUCCCAUCAGGAAUGUGCAGCAGCUGUUUGCUGCAAGUGUCUUCGCCGUGUGAACUCGGGCUUGUGCACGGGUCCUGGCUUAAUGAAUUGAGCCAAUUCAAACUGGGUCGCCUGGGACACUGGGCCCUGGUGCAUAACUCUUCCUCGGGGGGAUGACAAGCAAGCUCAGAGAAAGAGGCUGGGAAAUGUAUAUUAUAGAGGUUAACCAUUUGCCCUCAUACUGUAAUUGGCUUAGAUUGUCUAGCAACCGGAUUUGCAGGGGCAGAACCUGCACUGUGCUGCGGUGCAAAAGUUCAGCUGCAGCCGACACCACUGUUUGAUCUUAUGUGAAUGUGAAAGAGAGCCAAAAUGAGCGGGGGAAUAUGUAAAUGUAAGGCGAGCAUAGACGGAAGACAAAAUAAGAAGACAUGGAGUUAUAGUUUGUUGGAUGUUGUGUUUUCCUGCAGCGUGUUGCAGAGUUGGGCAGACGGGUUCCAGCUGUGCUAACACAAGUUGUGUCACUUUGAACGGCUGCACCUGCAUAUGUCAGAGUAUGUGUUACUAUAAACUUCAAACAAAAUUGAUCUUUAAUCCACUGAAGCAUCAGCUGCGUCUUACGAGCCUCUUAUUUUGGAUUGAUUUCUUUAUAAUGUCCCUUGUGACUUGCUGUAACUGAAAGAGAUCCUUCAGUCUUCUCCUGAAAGCAGAUCCACUCUGAUCGGUUUAUGUGAUACAUGAAAUUUCCUGGCACAAAAAGGAACCCCUUUGCUUCUUCAGAGCGGAAUAAAAGGUCCAGACUUUACUCUCAAGGCUUGUUCAGACUGUAGUCUGAGACAGACAAGAGGAUUACUGAUAGUGUGGACAGUCUCCAUUCAAGAAGAGCUGGCAAACACCGCUGAGUUGACCGACGGGGAGAAGAAUCUGAUGCUGCUUGUUUAUUUGAACGAGGAGAUUAGGAAGAGCGAGGACACAGAAUUCAGGGAAUUAAAUACCACUGAGAGAUUGCCAUCCUUGUGGGGCCAGUUAGGCACCGUAUAUCAGAGCAGUUGUGUCUCAUCCUAAUCUAAAAUAAUUUCUUUGAAACUGGUUGAAAUUCUUUGCAGCUAGUUUGAAAAAAUAGGGCUUGUUUUAAUGAUAUUUCUUGAAUACUGAUUAGCCGUCUUGUUCAUUUGUUUCUAGUCUCGGCGUUGUUUUUCUUCUGCUGUAUUCCUUUAUGGCUGGCCAUGCAGCGCAGUGAGGGGAACUCCAUGAGCCAUGAUGAGUUGUUUAAAAUCUAAUCAGAAACUAACAAGUCCCUGGUUAUUUGUUUCUGCCUCAAUACUUGAGAGUUCCCAGAUGUUGUGGAAGGUAGGGAGUCGAUUGUUUAUACAGCAGCGAAUCUCACCCAAACACACACAUUCUAUCAGCCUUCAUGGCUAUCUAUCAAGGGAGGCACAAGUUACAGUUUUUCUGAAGUCAGGCAGGCACAAAAGCCCUUCAGCAGCAAAUUACAACUCCCACCCCACCUGCUGAAGCCAGCGUGCUGGCGGCGCAGUGUUCAGACGGUAACCUGCCUCCGAUCGAUCGGUUGUUGUUGCAGCUGUGCUCUGGUUGAUGGUUUAUUUAAGCGGCUCCACAUGCUUGUUGAGGGGAAGGCAGCUGAAUACAUAAAACAGGCUCUCAGAACCACUUUGUGGUCCGGCUAAGAGUAAAUGGAAUAAUAAAAACCAAAUGGUUUCAUCCCACGUUGUAGGCUCAUAAAUCCAGGAAGUUGCUUCUUACCUUUAUGAUCCAGCACAUGUAGCAUGUUAAGGUUUUGUGUGAUGAGUGCCGGGCUGACUUUAAUACUGUCUGUUCAACUAGAUGAGCACCUAAUGUAGAUCUGGUUAACUGCCUGUGUUUUGUCAGUAUCACCGCACCAGAACUGUAUUUAACUUGAAUCAUCAUAAAAGAUGAAGAAGAGGAAAGUGUCUGUAGGCUCUCCAGUAAAAUAAAUGCUGGAACGAGUUACAAACUAUGUGUCAGGGUUUUUGUAUUUCAGAGAUCUUUGUUGAAAGAAGUGAUAACCAGACAUAGUUUUAUCCACAGGAAGAUCAGCUCAUGAGGGGACGGUGCCAGUGAGAUCAGCCUUCAGCCCUGAGUGAUUUCAGUCAUCUGUUUGGUCAGCUAGGCUUCAAGGUCAAGCCUUGACUCCGUUCACAGAGGUCAGUGACAUCCCCUCUCCAUUCACACUGUUUCCUUCCCUUCAGCCAGAGGGGAGGAUGUAUCUCUGACUUCCUGCUGCCAUACACACAGACAGGAAAUUAGUAAUUUGCUGUGCUAUGCCUGACAUUUCAAGUGUUCACAGUUACAGGCUGCAGGUCUGUCAGAGUUUCUUCUUUCCUGCACGCUAUCAGCAAAGACAUUUCAACAGAAACACAAAUGAAAGGCAGAAACUCACUCCUCAGGAAAGUUAUAAGAGAGUCUAUCCGUCAAACAAAGUCACCACUGAUCAUUGAAAAAUACACCAACACUUUUGAACUGGUCAUUUUAGCUGUUAUUCUAUCUCAGCAGUAUGUUAAAUAAUAACAGAGCUGACUUAAGGCAUUCAUGCUGCUGUGCUUAUCAACCUGUCUUAUCAGCUGUUUAAGACAUCCUCUUCCUGCUCGUGGUAAUGCUGAGCUUUCUUUCUCUAUUUCAUUUCUGGCUCUUAAAUUAUCCACAUUGAUUAACUAGAGGGAGUUGGCUGUAAGUCUUCAACCCAUUUAUCAAAGAUCCCUUGUUCUUUAAUUAUCAUUUUCUUCUCAGAAGUGAAUUUGCCUUUUUUUUAAAUUCCAAAAUCUUAGACAUGAGGCUGGUGUUGACUCAAGAUGUAGUGUAUCGAGGUUUAAAAUUGAGGGGGGGGGGGGGGGUAGAUUUUAA